GACUAUGAGAAAGAGGAGGAGGAGGAGACUGUGGUCACAAGCUUUAACAACAUUACUUCCCUCCCUGGGGAGAAAGGGGAAGCUGUUUUACCUCUUCUCCACCUGAUCCAGAUGCCCAAUGGAGUAUCUUCAACGGCUGCUGGGGACCCUGCAACAGGCUGUGGAUUUUAUUUCUUCCUUUACCGCCUACCUGCUUGGAGAUGAAACUCAUCCAGGAGCUAGAGUGUCAGAAAAUGCAAGGGAGACAAGAAACCGUAGCAGCCACUAUAACUAUGAAAUUGAGACAACACACUAUGGAGACGUUCUUCAAGAGAGGCAUUUGGAAGCCUUUGAAGGAUCAUUCACCAUAGAGGAGAUUCUGGCGAGAGCAGAAGUUCUCAGUGUCAAUGGUGCUCAGACUACAGCAGUCAAGCCUGAACUGCCUGAAACACCCUACAAAUAUAAGGAAGACUAUGAGCAGAAACUCUCAGACUCCUGUCAGUUUCUAGCUGAUACCCCUCAAGAAAAACUCACAGCAAUAGUGACUGGCGGUAAACAGAAGAAAGACCUGGAGGGACUCCUUGAAUGGGAUCCAGAAAGAACCAGCUGGAAUGGGGAAGCUCAGCAAGAGGUGCAAGAGAAGGUGAUAAACAGCAAAUGGAAACCAUUCAGGCCAAGCAAAGAGCAUGAAGACCUCAGUGUCACAGGAGGGACCACAGUGGGUCAGGAGAAGGAGCUGCAGAAAACGUCAUGGACCCAGGGAGCUCAUGAUGGGACAUCCAACGGGGCACAGUUUUUAGGGGAACAGCAAAGAAGACUAGAGGAGGCAGCAUGGAUUGGAGUAUUUCAACAUGUAGAGCUGGAGGACACAAACAAAAUGGCAGAUGAGCAGCAGGUAGAAGCUAAGGAACAGGAAGAAAAGGGAGAAGAAGAAGAAGAACCAUCACCACCACCAUCACCACCGCCGCCGCCGCCAUCACCACCAGACCAACAAGAGGAGGCCAGAAUGGUGGAAGCAGAAGAAGGUAUUCUGGAAGCAACCCUUGGUGAGGGAGAGACUGGCAGAAACCAGGAGGAGCUGGUAGAAGAAAAAGAAGAGGUGGGAAGAAGCUAUCAGUGGAAGCCAAAAGACAAAGAAGAAACAGGAGGAAUCAUAGUGGAGUGGGGAAAGGAUCAGAAAGAAAUUUUAUGGAACAAAGAGGUUCAGCAAGGAGCACCAGAUUGGACCCAGCUUGUUGUGGAACAGCAGAGAGGGCUAGAGGAGGCCACAGUGCGGACUGGAGGCUUUCAGCAUAGCAUGCUGGAGGAGGAGAACAAAAUGGCAGCGGGACAGCAGCAGGAAACUGCAAAGAAAGAACUAGUAGAGGCAGAUGACAACUGGAAGUGGGAGCGAAAUAGCAUGGCAAUGGAAGAAGAAAUUCAAGAAACAGUGGUGGGUGAGUUAGAGACUGAGAGAAACCAGGAGGAGGUGCUAGAAGAAGAAGAAAAGAUGGGGAGAAGCCAUCAGCGAGAGCCAAAAGGAGAAGUAGAAGUGGAAAAAGAGAUGAGCGGGAGGCAAGAAAAGAAGCUAGAGGAGACUUUGUGGAACAAAGUGGUUCCACAAGAGGAACCAGACUGGGAACAGUUGGUAGAUGAACAGCAGGUAGAGCUAGAGAGGACAGCAUCAUCUGUGGAAUUUCAGAGUGGGGAGCUGGAAGAGGCAGACAAAAUGGCAGAGAGGCAGUGCUUGGAGGCUGAAAAGGAGCAUGUAGAAGUGGUUGAGGAAAAGGAGGAUUUGGGAUAUAUGGUAGCAGGGAAAGAAGGAGUUCAGAAAGGAAUAGCAAGUGGGGGAGAGUUUGAUGGAGACCAGCAGAAGGUGCUAGAAGAGCAGGAGAGAAGUCACCAGUGGGAGCCAAAGGAAGAAGCAGAAGUAGAAGGAACCACAAUAGCUCUGGAGGGGGAGCUAGAGGAGAUUUGGAUGAACAAAAAAGAGGCUCAGCAAGGGAUACUAGAUUGGAACCAGCUUGUUAAAAAACAACAGAGGAGGCUGGUGAAGGAGGGAGGUGAAGGAUUGCAGCAUGAGAUAGUGGAAGAAGUGGAUAAAAUGAUGGAUGGCCAGCAGUUGGGAACUGCAAAGGAAGAGGAAGAAGAAUUAAAAGCAGAGGAAGACCAGCAGCAGGAGCCAAAUAGGCUGGCAGUAGAAGAAGGAAUUAUGGAAUGUAUGCCAGAUAAAUCAGAGACUGUGGGAGACCAGAAGGAGGUGGGUGAAGAGAAAGAUGAAAUGGGAAGAAAUCAUAAGUGGGAACUAAAAGGUGAAGUAGAAGAGGAAACAGGGACAACAGAGAAGCAGGAAAGAGAGCUGGAGGAGACUUUGUGGAACAGGGAGGGUCACCAAAGGUCACCAAAGUGGGAACACUUUGUAGAGGAAAAGCAGGUAGAACUAGAGAGGACAGCCUCAUCUGUGGCAUUUCGGUAUGAGCACCUAGAAGAGAGAGAAGAAAUGGUAGAGAAACAUUGCUUGGAGGUUGAGAAGGAACAUGCAGAGGAAGAAGAGGUGAUUGAGGAGUGGAAAGGAAUGGUAGAUAUAGUAGCAGAGAGAGAUCAAAAUCAGGAAGCAAUACCAAGUAGCGAAGAGACUAUAGGGGAGCAGCAGGAGGAUGUAGAGGAAGAAGAGAUAGAGAGAAGCCAUCAGUGGAAGCCAAAAGAUGAAGUAGAAGAGGUAGGAGAAACCACAGUGGAUCAGGAGAGGGAGCUAGAAGAAAGAAGGGGGAACAAGGAGGUUCAGCAAGAAGCACCAGAGGUGCCCCAAUUUGUUACAGAACAGCAAGAGCUGCAGAAAGUUGCAGCAUGGACUGGAGGACUUCAGUGUGGGUUGCUAGAGGUAGUAGACAAAAAGGCAGAGGGCCAGCAGUUGGAGGCCGAGCAGGUAGAGGGAGAAGAAGUAAAAGCAGAUGAAUACCAGCAGUGGGAUCCAGAUACAGCAGCAAUAAAAGGAAUUUGGAAAGGAAUGCUGGAUGAAGCAGAGACUGAGGAAGACUAUGAGGAGGAACCAAAAGGAAAAAAAGAUUUGAGAAUAGAUCAGUGGGAGUCAGAGGAAACUGCUGUGAAUUUCCAAGAGCAGUAUGGAGAGCCAAAGGAAACAGCAGAUAACAGAGAGGGCCAUUGUGAAAAACUGGCAGGGGCAGAAGAGAAUGAAGGGGACCAGCAAGAAGAACCUGCGAGAAAUGGGGCAGAGGCUAAAGCGGAAGAACAGAAGGAGCACACAGGAAGCAUACUGGAGGAUGAUGAGGGGGAAAUGUCAGAGCAGCUGACAGAACCUUUAUGUCUUGACAAAGAAAUGCUGGCCAACAUUACAGGAGGCCAACUGAGACAGCUGGAAGAGAAACAACAGUGCUUGCAGCAGGGGUUCAUGCUGUCUAGUACCUCCCUUGAAAGCGACCCUCUGCCUGGGCCCAGAACCUUCCUGGUUGAGGUCACAUCCCUGGACACAAGUGCCCAGAAGGAACGGGUGCUGCUACGUCGGAAGAGCUCCAUCCGACGGGCACCCAGCUUGAAAAGAUCAAAUCCAUCAAUGGAGAACUUAGCACAGGAGGAAAACAUGACUGAUCCCAAGGACACUCCACCUCAGCCACAACCACAGCCACAACCACCAAGCAGACCACCCCUGAGGAAUUUUGGGUUUGGACCUAUGCACCCCAACAUGAUGGCUGAACUGCAGAUACGCAUGCGCAAACCCCAGUGACACCUCCCCCUGCCAAGUUCAGAAGGAUUGGUGAGGUAACUAACUUGCAAAGUUGGCUCCAUCCUGGAUCAAGCCACCACGACCAAAACCUCUAGGAGCCAACGUGAGAAGGCACAGGUCAUAAAAAUACUUAAAUUGUUCCAUUUAUUGUACUUGGAUGUACUGAUAUCUUGAAUAUAAACAUCAAUAUCUGGGAUUGUUUCCACAUUAAAGCCCUCUAGCACUGCUCUUCCACCAGCUCAAAGUAUUGUUAGCACAAUAGUCACAUAGCAUGUAAAAUAGCACUUUUCCACAUGAAAAUGUAGCAAUGUUUGGGGAUUUUUUGGCAUCAUUCCACUGUAUGUUUUCACAGAUGUCCUUUUCAACAAAGGUCAUACUUCCAGUAACUACCCCUUUAGUAGCUUCCUCUUUCUUCCUUUCUUUUAACGUAUAUGAUGCUGUCCUUACAAAGAUAGAAAAACAAAUAGAAACCCUGGAAUGUAAUUAAUGACAUUGUAAUUAAUGACAAUUUUUUUUGCACAUCCCUCAAACUCAAGUGACAAGAAUUAUGUCCAUUACAAAAUGAAAGGCUACUAAGCAAGAGGGAGACUGGAAAUGGAAAGCCUAAUAAGUGGUUUUUGGGAUGUCUGAUAAGGUUUGGUCUCUCAUCCUCCUUAUCUGAAAUGGUCCUUUCCACCAGGAAGUUCUGAUAACUGAUAAGUUGGUAUGUUUAUACUUUGAAGAAUACUUACUGAAAAGUAUCUGUGUCAAAGGAGGGCACACUUUUUUUCAGGUAAACAAAAUUUUGUUGUUGGAUUUACUAUUGUGGUUCCUGAUUUCUCCCCAUCCCACAUUUUCUAUGUAUUUUACAAGGAUCCAGUCAGACGAGAGAGGAAGAUAACAGCAUGAAAGUAGAGCUUGAAAAUGUCAUUUUUAUGGACUACAACUCUGCUUCUUUCAAAAGCUCUGAAUGUGUGCAACGGUUAAUGCAUGGAGGUUAACUGGUUGUAGAGGAACUAUGCAAUUAUAGCACUAUUAUUCCACAUUAACUGCCAUGCUUCGGUCCUAUGGAAUCCUGGGGUUUGCAAUUUAGGGAGGGGCAUUUAGAAGUCUUCGUGGCUCAAUAGACUUCAAAUCUCAUAACUCCAUAGGAUGGAGUUAUGGCAGUUAAAGUGAAAUAAUAGCUAUAACCGUGUAGCAUGCAUGAGCCCCACUGGACUGACUUUAUUUGAAAGGUGCAAUUCAAUGUUGGGGAAAAGUUGCUUAACCUUUCACCACCAAUCAUUUAUUUUUCUCUCAAGUUCAUCCCUCCCUCAUUUCCCCCCACUGAUCUUAUUUCAGGACUUCAGGAAGGGAUUGCAGAUAAAAAAAUCAACAGGUUAAGCAACCUUUUCUAUCAAAUUGAUCCACCUCUGCAGAUGUCCCUUUCCCUACCGACGUGAUAGAUUUAAGCUUUAAGAAGCAGAUGUGAUGUUCAGAAUAACUCAUUUGCCUCACAACACCCAGUUCCUUGCUUAGUGUCUAGUUCUGAAAAAUAUUUGUCCCUGAUUUGUCUGUCCAUUGCUUUCUUCUUGGGGAUUUGUAUGAACAGCUUCCUAUUGAUAAACAGACAAAUGUACAUAUACCGUAUGUGUUGCAUUACAGUUUCCAACCCAUCAGCCUCUAUAGCUGUGCAUUAAUAAAAUCUUGGCAUGCAGAGAUUAAUAUGCUGUUACAUUAAUUUUCUCAAGGUGGAAAGAGGCAUUUGCUCAUUUUGACACAUCAUAAUUCCAAUGAAAGGUCUAUGUGUUCGCUAAGCCAUUUUCUGCCUGGUCAGUUGGCAACUUUAUUUUGUAAGGCAGUGACAAUGGUUCCAACUUAUCUUUUUCACUUCAUGACAAUCUGCAUCAGACCUUUUUGGGCACUUCUACCUAAAGCUAAUGGUGACCAAAACAAAGGCCUUUGAAGCACUGGUGAUGAUCCAUAUGUGAAUACUGUUCUCAGAGAUGCUGGGCCUGUGCCAGAUUGAUUAUCUUUUAAGAACCUGGAAAAGCCAAUAUUAUUCUCCCAGACUUUUGUUUUGUAAUGUUAUUUCCAUUGUCUUUGUAUUGUUUUUUUAAAUGUGAACCUGGAAUUUAAGAUGCUUUAAGAUGUUGAAUAGUCAGAUUUUAAAACUGGUGCACUCUAUCUUCCUUUUCUUGUAUCACUUCAAAAGCUUCUGCUGAACUCUGAAAUAAACUGAUAAAGUGAAA